AUGGAGCGCUAUCUGAUCAAGAAGACAUCUCCAAGCGCCGGUCUCAAACGCAAGGCGUCAGACAGCCCCGCGAAUUCUACGCUUGCUCCUGCUAAACGACCGCAACCUCUUCGUCCACACGAAUCCCGCUCGAGUGCAGUUGAUAUUCGCGGCCAAGGAGAGAAAUAUGUGGGAAUUGAAUAUGACUCUUGGAAAGACCAGAUCACGGCAAGCAUUGACCAGGCCCGCUCCGCAACCCGCUCCAAAGAAGGUGGUAUCAAAGUCUUGGGGGCCCUUCUCAAGGCCAUCAAUGCUUGCCCUUGUAAGCCGGGCAGUCACGGCAAUAACAAGGCCUGCCAUAUCUCGCAAUGCGUGACUGCUGUGUAUGAAGAAAGUCCCGAUGCUCUCCACCGCGCUGCUACGGAGCCAUGCUCUUGCGGCUUUGUAUGGCCAUCGUGUACCGACCUCUUCCAUAUCCGCGCCGUCGACUCCCUGGCCGAUUCUCUGGACAAACAGGAAAAGCAUGUCGCCGCAUUUUCCACUGCCCUCGGUCUUAUUCGCUUGGAUCCCGCCCACCCCAUAGGGUAUUGUCGUGUCGCCAGACUCCUUCGCAACUUGACCAAGAACAAAGACAAGCAGACGUCAGCUCUUGCACUUACUACCAUACUGCGAGACUCUAAACUUGACCCUUCCCACGAUGUACACGAUCUCACUGUUCGGUUCGUCAGGUCCGGGCUUUACAACAUGGAACAGUACCGGCGGGGAAAGUAUAAUCAGUACCAUUGGCUUCUGCGUCAAUUGUCCAGUAUGCUAGAUAUGCCCGAGUCAAAGAGAGAUCCAGUAGAGAAGCUCCCGCAUGAGCUGUUAACUAUGAUCUGGUCACAUCUUGACACCGACAGUUUAAUGAGAUGUGAACGUGUGAGCAAGAAAUGGCAGAAGCUGGUGCUUUCCGAUUCGGUGCUCUGGAGCAAGGUCUCGCUGGGCCGGCCCGGGAAACCGGGUCGGUUCUUUCCACAGUUCCUCAAAAAGCACAAGAACAUCCGGUCUCUGACGAUCAACGACACUUCAUAUUUCAAGAUGACUCACGACAAGCUUCAAAUGAUUAUGCGUGGUUUGCCCAGCUUGGAACGGCUAAGCCUCCAUAGACGCAUGCGUCUAAACAAUCCCGAUGGUCCCGAGGAUGUUCCAAAGUUGCUUGGGGGCGUGCAAGGGAAGCACCUGACAAAGCUUACACAUCUCUCACUCAACAAACUAGACGCCCAUACAGCUGGAGAGCUCCUACCGCUCAUAAGUCCGUCUCUUCAAGUUUUGGACCUACAAGGCUUCUCGGGGAAGAAUCUCAAUGGCAUCAUGACCCGACAGCCUUGGCCGAGUCUGAGAAAGCUACGGCUGAAGUUGUCGGAUGAUGACUACGACCCAAGGAUACAUCUCGGACAGCUGAAUAUGAACGGUCUAAUGAAUUUAGCUCCACACCUUGAGGAACUUCAUAUCAAGGGCUACGGGCUAAAGUUUGUCGAUCUUGGGCUUCACGACAUGCCUUUCGACAAGGUCCCUUUGAGCGACGUACAACCAUGGCAAAAUUUGCAGUCUCUAUAUAUCGGCUCAGUCAGGAGUCACGACCCUCUUGAAGACAUAUUUCAGGGGUCUUUUGUUUUGCCUGCUUUACCAAACCUCCGCUCCGUUGAGAUCCUUUCCGAUAGCGCGCACCUGAUCGAUUAUCUCUUUACGACAUGUGAUGAGCCGGGGAGCCCGAUACAGGGUUCUUUGAAUGAUUUCACAGGAACUACUGCGGAGUCGGGCAUUGCUUCGGCGGGCUGGCCACAGCUGGAGGUGUUCAGGUGCCAUGGCCCCAUAUGCACCGGUAUACUGCGAAAGGGUCUGGCGGAAGCAGCCACAAAUGGGUCGCUGAAGGUCCUUGAGUUGGCUAUCAACAGCGACCGGUCACUAUUCAAUCACCGCAUCCAGGUCGAUCUUCUGAAAGACUGGGCUUUCACGUCGUCACCGAGCGUUCACCAUCUCGGACUAUACCACUUCAAUUGGGCCCAGCAUUACAACAGUUUUGAUGGCGAGCCUUUUAUCGACUGGCUGCAACAGUUCCCCAACCUUGACACGGUAACGGUCGCGCCGGGACGUCAUAGUGGUCUCUUGCCCUUCAUCGAGAAGUUGAUCACCCACCCGCAGAUCAAGGCAUUGUACUUUGACCCCACGGGCCUCUCGAGCCCGGAAUGGUACGAGAUAACCGAGGUGGGGAAGAAAUAUGGGGUGAAAAUGUUCAACUUGAAUGGAGGACCUUUGCGUGCCUUUGAUGGAGGUGAUUUCGAUGGCGCGAGACCGAAUCUCGGACUGAGGGUUUGACAGGUACGAUUGGGGAGACAUGCGGCACUCUUUCCGCUCGCAUUUUCUGCAUCAAAUUGAGCUCUUGUUGCCUGCUCAACCCCUAUCUAAACUUAGGCCGAGUGACGGCCCAGCAGCAAUAAGCGUUGGACAGCAUAAGAAGGUACAUAGUGAAAUGGAUUAAGGUUAUCAAGUUGAUC